UUCAACGGCGAUGUGAUUCUCGACAGGCGUAGACAGCUUCUGGUCGUUUCGAGGGGUCGAUGAGCUUGGCCGCGAUGGGGUCGCGUGCCAUUGCGACCUUCGAGGUCGAAGGCAUGACCUGCCAGUCAUGCGCCAACACCAUCGGAAAGGCCCUCUCCGAGCUUCCCGGUGUCUGCGACUACAAGGUCGACCACAAGGGCAACUCCGCUGCAGUCACAUACGACACCGCCGCGACGUGCCCGGAAUCCAUUCGCGGCUGCAUCGAGGACGUAGGAUUUGGUGCGCGGCACUGUGCCGCUCCGCGCAUCGACUUUGCGAUCUACGAAGUCGACGCGGAAGAUUCGCGAGACGAGGAGGACCUCGAAGCCCUCGUCCGCAACAAGCUCCGCGACGCGUCCGGAAUCAGUGAAGUUGUCGCGUUGCACGGCGGAAGAACCCAUCCCCUCAUUGCAGUUGCAUUUGACGCGUCUGUCACCUCCGCCGAGAACGUGACAAACGGCGUCGGGAUGACGCGGCUGCGGCUUUCGUGGGCCGCGCUCGGCGUGAAGGGGAUGACCUGUUCGUCGUGCGUGCGCAACAUCGAGGCACACGUCGGUCAGCUGCCCGGCGUGAAGGGUGUGCGGGUGUCGCUCGAGGCGGAGUGCGCGAGGUUUGUGUUUGACGGUGGGCUUGUGUCGGCGGAGCAGCUCGCCGAAGCCGUGGAGGACAUGGGGUUCGAGUGCUCCGUGCUCAGCGCCUCUCCCGUGGACGCGGAUGUUCCGGAGGUCGGCUUCGCGGAGCGGAAGGAGGUGUCUGAGAAACCACAAGGCGAGGAGCACAAGGGGUCAGGCGACCAUGUCAGCGUCAACAAUGAACGUCUGGAAAAUUUUGACGAGACGGAAAAAUGUUUUCUCAGGGUCACAGGCAUGACCUGCUCGUCCUGCGUUUCGGCCAUCGAGCGGCAACUCAUCAGUGUCAAAGGGGUGAAGUUUGCACUCGUGGCUCUGCUCCCCCAGAAGGCGGAGGUGAAGUACAACCCCGUGCUCGUCCAGCCGAGCCAACUCGUCGAACUCGUCAACAGCAUGGGCUUCAAUGCCUCCAUCCUCAACGACCACAAGACCGUGCAUGGGGAGGCAGAGUUUUUGAUCCGGGGCAUGACGUGCUCGUCAUGUGUCCACGCGAUCGAGUCCAACGUGUCUAAGCUGCCGGGAGUCGAAAGCGCAUCGGUGAGCCUCGGGACACAAAAGGGACGCUUCCUCUUUGACCCUGAGAGGACUGGACCACGACAGAUUCUAGACAAGAUCCACAGUCUUGGCUUUGAGGCUUCCCCGUUCACGGACCACAAAAUAGACGCCAGCUAUCUGUGUCAAAAGGAAGAAGUCAAAAAGUGGCGCAACUCGUUCCUGUUUUCGCUGGUGUUCGGUGUCCCCUCCAUGCUGCUCAUGAUGUACUACAUGGCAGAGCGCAUGAUCACGAAGCGGCACAACCAGUGCUGCAUGUUGCCCGGGCUCUCUUCCGAGAACUUCUUCCUCUUCCUCCUCGCCACCCCCGUUCAGUUCAUUGGCGGCCGCUACUUCUACGUGCAAGCCUGGAAGGCCCUGUCGCACCGGGUGGCCAACAUGGACGUGCUCAUAAUGCUGGCCACCAACGUCUCCUACUUCUACAGCGUCAUCAUCGUCAUCUACUUCAUCGUGGAUGGUGCGGACCACAGCCCCAAGACCUUCUUCGAGACGCCGCCCAUGCUCCUCAUGUUCAUCUCGCUCGGACGCUGGCUGGAGCACAUUGCCAAGGGCAAGACUUCGGCUGCCCUGGCCAAGCUGAUAUCACUGCAGGCCACGGAAGCAGCCCUGGUGCAAGUGGACGGCGAGUUCAACAUCAUCUCGGAGAAGUACAUCAACGUGGAGCUGGUGCAGAGGGGAGACAUCAUGAAGGUGAUCCCCGGCGAGAAGAUCCCCGUGGACGGCCGGGUCUGCUUCGGUAGCUCGAUGGUGGACGAGGCGCUGAUCACGGGGGAGUCGCUGCCGGUGCCCAAGAAGGUGGGCUCGCAGGUGAUUGGUGGCUCCAUCAACACCAACGGGGUGCUCCUUGUGGUGGCCACCCACGUGGGCAAGGAUACAACCCUGGCGCAGAUCGUCAAGCUUGUCGAGGAGGCGCAGACCUCCAAGGCGCCCAUUCAGCAGUUGGCGGACCGGUUGGCCGGCUACUUUGUGCCUGGCGUGGUCCUCGUGUCGCUGCUCACGCUGGGCAUCUGGGUCCUCGUGGGAUUCCACAACGUGGACAACAUCACCGCCUUCUUCCCGAGACAGGACCACCACUCGUCGGACAGCGAGCUCAUCUGCCAGUUUGCGUUCCAGUGCGCCCUGACUGUGCUCUCCAUUGCCUGCCCCUGCUCUCUGGGGCUAGCCACCCCGACGGCGGUGAUGGUGGGCACGGGGGUGGGCGCCAGCCUCGGGAUCCUCAUCAAGGGCGGGGAGCCACUCGAACUGCUGCACAAGGUGAAAUGCAUUGUGUUCGACAAGACCGGCACCAUCACCAACGGGGUUCCUGUGGUGACCCGCAUCGCACUGUUUGUGGAGAACAACAUCUGCUCGCUCUCCAAGAUGCUGGCUCUGGUGGGGACGGCGGAGGCGAACAGCGAGCAUCCCAUUGGCGUGGCAAUCACCAAGUUUGUCCGGAAGAUCCUCGAAACGGAAACUCUGGGGAAGUGCGAGGACUUUGCGGCCGUUCCAGGCUGCGGCCUGCGUUGCCGCAUCUCCGGAGUCGACGCAGUGCUCCAGAGGACCAAAGACACGGAGAGCUUGGUCACCAAGGGCCUACGACCCCCGUCGACGGGAUACAGGGGCACCGGUUCCGGCACGGAAGAGGUCUUCAUCGAUCGUGUUAUGCUGUUUCCCGAGAGGGGAGACGACGGCUCCACGCUGCAGCCACCUUCCUUGGUGCAAGUCACUGACGGGUCGGGAGACAGGCGAUCGUCUGGCAACAGCGUCGUGCUGAUUGGCAACCGGGAGUGGAUGCACCGCAACGGCGUCGUCGUCAACUCCCAGGUGGAUGCCAUCAUGGAGCAGCACGAGGAGAAGGGGCAGACGGCCGUGCUCUGCACGAUCGACGGCAUCCUGGUGUGCAUGCUGGCCGUGGCAGACACGGUGAAACCUGAGGCCCGCCUCACCGUCUACACCCUGAAGAAGAUGGGCCACGAAGUGAUCCUGCUUACGGGGGACAACAAGAAGACUGCUGCCGCCGUCGCCCGAGAGGUGGGCAUCAAGCACGUGUACUCGGAAGUGCUGCCCUCGCACAAGGUGAUGAAGAUCCAGCAGCUUCAGGAGCAGGGGCGGCGCGUCGCCAUGGUGGGUGACGGCGUCAACGACUCGCCGGCGCUGGCGCAGGCAGACAUUGGCAUCGCCAUCGCCAAUGGCACAGACGUGGCCGUGGAGGCGGCUGACGUGGUGCUCGUUCGGAAUGACCUGCUGGACGUGGUGGGAGCGAUUGCGCUCUCCAAGGCAACAGUCCAGAAGAUUCACCGCAACUUCUUCUUUGCUACCAUCUACAACCUCGUUGGAAUUCCACUGGCAGCAGGGGUGUUCAUGCCGUUCGGUAUCGUGCUGAAGCCUUGGAUGGGUUCGGCUGCCAUGGCCAUGUCUUCAGUGUCGGUCGUCUGCUCCUCCCUCUUGCUCAGGAGGUUCCGCAAGCCGACGCGGGCCUCGCUGGAGACGCAGCAGUACCAUCAGGAGACGCAGCGGCAGAGCAGGAUGUCAAGCUCGGACUACGACGACCUCUCGGUGCACUGCGGGUUGGACGACGCGCGGCCGCGCUCUUCCGGGUUCAAGGCCUCUCUGCUGGGCUCCAGCUUCACCGUGCUCUUCAACAACCUCACCGGGUACAGGGCCGAGAAGACCAAGCAGGGGCACCUGUUGGCGAGGGACGACGACUUUGUGGAGAUCAGUUCCUUUCCGAACUGAGUUGCCCGCCACGUCGCCAUCUUUUUGCAUCGUCGUCGUUGCCAUUGAUGCUGGUAUGCACAUUUGCGUUUGUGUGUGACGAAGUGCGCCGUGAUCGCUCGACACCGCUUGCGAUGAGCGCACCACACCACAGCUCGGUAGGAGUAGAAGGCUCUGUUGCACGGUUAGGAAAAAAGAGGAGUCGUUGAGAUUGUGUGAACAACGUAUUCGUUUCCGCCGGGCCACCCACUCGUCAUCGUUUUGGGCCGUGGUCUUGCGGCGACCGUCUCGAAGAGAAGUUUGGUAUUUCUUUGGCUGUUUGCGUUUUUGAGCAGGGUCGUUGUAUAGGCGGGGGAGAAGAUUUUCCGGAACAAAAGACUUAAUGCAUUUUCAGGACGGUGGCAACAAAGCCGCCGUCUUGCCACAUUUUUUAUCAGAUCCUACUAUAGCCCCUGCUUAUGUAUCGCGCACAAGCAAACCUGUUGUGACUGUCCGAAACCACAGUUUCCUGCUGAAAUAUGCGAGUCUGUACCAUGUGUAUAGAGGGUCUCUGUUCGGCGACGACACCUGUGUGUGUAAAUGCACUGCCUUGUAUGUACGGGUGGCACCAAUGUAUCUGGGCCCAUGCUGUGCCAGAGUGUGUAAGCCCUGCAUUUCCAUUUUUAUAAUUGGCGAUGUGUGUUGUGUGUAUGGAGGUCCAAAUCUAGCAAUUUUGUAGCGCGCGAGUAGUACUAUGUAGUAAUAUUUUGAGUAUAUUAAGUACCUCAGUGUUGUAAUAGACCUCGUCGGUUCGACAGGCCAAGCUUUUUAUUGUCAGAUGCAAAGGUCGUGUGGUAAAAGCAUUUGUAGAGAUUUCUGAAAGAUUUCCUUUUUCUGGACGUGUUUAAUCUUUUCUUCGAUGUUGUAAUUAGAUAUAUUAUGUCAAAAUCAAGCAAGAGCGGCAAAUUGAUUUGGAGAUAUACUUAAGUAUAUCAAGCACACAUCUUGAUAUAAACUGGAUUUGCUCGAUUGUUAGUGGUCAUGACCUGAAUUUUUCUUCUGAGAGGUUGGCUGAUUUUGUCUACUUUGAUAACUCUCAUCCUCACGAAGUCUUCAACUUUCCCAAAGUGCGGCUGUAUUAACUAUGUGCACACAAUUCAACAGACUUUUUGUGAAUGUCGUGUGCUCUGCUACUACAAAAUUUAUUAUAAUUCUUACGUGCGUUAUGCAAGUGUGUUACGUGUCGGUGCUAGGGCUUGUGACUUAUACCCGCAGGCACUUUGAAGAUUCCAGUCGAGUCCAUGAACGAUGGCCUAAUUUCAAAGGCAUUCCUUUAUAUCUUCAAAACACAAUAUACUUUUAUCCACAAAACAUUGUGCGAAGUAAUGAAAUAAUGCUUUUCUAUAAUGGCCAAGUGUACAAGCAGACUGCCAAACUUAAAGGCAAGCCGUCUUCUCCAAGUAAAGAAUGCUUUUGAAGUGGCUAGUUGCAAUGAGUGAGGUCAGUUCAACCUGGUAGUCAUCUUUGCCUGCUGCGCUGAAUGACUGAUGUCCCAUUAACUUCCAGGAGUAGUGUGCAUUGCACAAUGGUGAACUUGUAUUCACUUAGCAAGCAUAUUCAAUGUUUAUUGCAAUAGUGUGUGUUGUGAAUAGUGGUGGGAACAUUUUUACUGUUUUUUACCUCAACAUUUUUCUUUUAAUUUGCACUAAUGAUGUUUUCAUGAUUUAAUUGUGUCUUGAACUGUUAAAUGUUGCUAUUUUUCAACUGGCACAUGAUGUUUUUUUGUUGAGAUUAUGUACACAUGUAACUCAUUUUUUUGUAUGUGCGGUUCAUCUGGACUGUUUUUGUUUAAAGGUGCUUGUAGAUUCAAACAUCUAUUUAGGGAGCAGGUUCAAAAUGUGCAUUGCUUGAAGAAGUUGGAGGUAGAUAGGCACAAUUUUGUUGAAUGUUUAAAUGUUUAGCCAUCCAGGAAACGCUCUGUGCUGGCCACAGAAUCAAGUUAUCUGUCUGCGCACAAUGUUUGAUUGAAUCCAGUGUCGUAAGGUAGAUGUGGUUUAUCGCUACACGUAGAUGGUGCAUAACCCAAACUGUAGUGAAGAUUGCGAGUGUAACUCUGGAUUGGUGAGUUCCAUUACAAAGGCCUGCUCUAGGCCAACCAAAUAUUGAAUUCUGUGCUUGCGCUGGUUGGUCAUGUGUUCAUUGAAAUGGUCUUUACUGCUCUUGUUGAGUUUGAGAAGGAAACUCUGGUGCAGAGUUGACGUUGUGAACAUAUUUUUCUUUAUAUAUUAAUGUACUGGGUGUGAUCGAGAAAGUGAAACUAGGUUUUUUGACCUGCAUAAAUUAACUAGGCAUCCCGUGAGAUAAGGGCGCUAGUGGUAGUAAUAAGAUGCGGAAGUUUGAGCAUAUGACGUUAGCUGGAUCAAAAGAUAAAAAGGGAAAAGAAAUUCUCUAUGAGCCAACGUCCACCUAAGCCUAAUUUGCAUCAUAUAUUCGAGAGGCGCCUGUAGCAUUUAUUUCAGCGAAAAUCUUGUCAGUUAGAAAGACAAUAUUGUUUUCAUUCUUGCUGACAGGUUUUUUCACUUACAUAAUUGCUGCAUGCGCCCACAAUCUCAAAUUUCAGUUUGAUGAAUAUUAGAUUUCGGUGAACAUCAGCUCAUAACUUUUCUUUUGUGUCUUUUGAUCCAGUUAAUGUCAUGUACUCAAACCUUGACAUUUUAUCACCACCGUUAGCGCCACAUUCUCACAGAGUUCCAGCCUUCUGCAAUGCAUAGUUCAUUCAUGCGGGCCAAAAACUCAGGUUUCAUUAUCUAGAUCUCACCAUUUUGCACAAGGCAGGCUGUGCCAGGAUGUAUAUUUUCUGUAUAGUUUUCAGGCCGCUUCGAAUGUGCCAGAAGCUGGUCUUUCUGCAAUAUAUACCGGCAUGUCAUUCUUGAAACUCUAAGACAUCCUGUCAUAGUUUGAGUGGUAGGGCCACUUUACUUCAUCAAUAUUAACUUUGGCAUACAAAUAUAAGGACAUAUGUCCACGCAAAGCUUCACAUCGGCUUACAUUAAUCAGAGUCCAAGGCAAAAGGUUGCAGGUACAAGAUCGUGGCUGUCUUGCUGUGCCUGCCGAGAUCUUCGAAGCUGAAAGGCUUGUAGAAGGGAAGGGUGACUGAUUUCUCAAUAUGAAUGGGGUAGUACAAUGCAGUGAGAUCUUGCACUUUGUACAGCCUUUGCUGUGUAAUCUAUGAAGUGUGGGCUAUUGCUUAAUAUUUACGAGCCAACGUAAAAUUUGGCUCGUCUUUGGGUGUGCCAAACCGAUUAGUCGUCCCCAAGAUGCUCCAUAAAAAAGCUUUUGAGGGGAACCAGACAGCUUGCUUGUGCAUUUCAGACAACUGUUACUUGAUGACUGGGACCAAAUUGCUUCAGCACUGCUUCUCAUACUCGACCGUGACGUGUCUCCAGUGUAUGACCAUAGUGUGAUAUUUUUUGUGAACCCAGUGAAUACAGAUGUAUUCAUGAUCCAAUGUUUCUGAAAUAAAAAGUUUGAGCUGCA